AUGUCCUGGACUUUCCAACUACAGAAUAUCAAUCGGUCAUUCGAGCGGAUCGCAGCUUGGUAUACCGAGUUCAUGCACCGGACUGAGCUAUGUUUCCGAGCUCUACAUGAGCGCAUUUUGUAUCUAGAAGAUCGGCAAGCCUGGCAAGGUCCUACCGAUGAACAAGUGGAACGCGUGCUGCGCAAGAUACUGGCCGAGAAGUUCUCGGACGCAGGCAUGCAGCAAGCCGAGAAUCCAAACACUAUGAAAGAUAGUGACUACUUCGUCGAAAAUCCAAAAGACCUAGCAAUUGUGAGACCGAUUGCGAUCGACCCCGCCUCCUUACUCGUGGAACCAGAAUCUAUGCCUUCGAAGGCAUAUGCAGAGACUUUCCAGAUGUUGGAGAGCCAUCUAGCUCGCUUCCCCCAUAUUCAAUCGAGCCAGUCCGCACAAGACAAUGUCAAGGGCAUCAAGAUGAACAUCGACGUGAAGAUACCCAAGUGUCCAAACGCUGUCUAG